AUGCUCCCUUUGUCCCAUCCAUCCGCCCUUCUGGCAUACACGCUCUGUGUUUCCGGUCUCGUCAAUGGCUCCCCAACGAUGAGUCGCCGCGGCGGUAACAAUCCAUUGGCAAACAAUCUCAGUCCUGAUUAUGGACCAGUCGGGGCCUGCACCGACCCCAACGAUUACAGUACGCCGGAAAAAAGGGCAAAUAUCUGGUUUCACAGUCAUGGGGGGGAGCUUGCCGAAUACUAUCUGCGCAAUGAAGGGACAGAGAAGCACGACACAGUCGAUUGGGUGCAGGACAUCUUCAAGCUUCUCUUCCCAAACAGCGAUCCAGCUCAGAUGAGUUGCACAGGGUCCGAGACUAGUUGCGGUGUGGGGACUCUCGACUGCAAGAAGGACUUUGAUAACAGAGAUUACCUUGAACGUCUUGAUUGGUUGAAGGGAAACUUGACAAAUGACCUUCCCAUCCUUGUCGACGACUUCCAAGUCGAUAAGGAGACUGACAAGGAGCUAAACUUCUACGCGAUACUAGCCGGUGCAUUAGGCAUGGCUGCCGGCGCGACCGCUGCAAAUCCCGCCAUAUCUGGACCCCUCGGGGCUCUAGGCGGUAUCUCGGCGAUCAUUGCAAACACAAAACCGCCAAACCAAGAUUCGGCGUUCGAAAAGAUGGGCAAGGUCAAAGCUGAUUUAGCCAAAAUUACCAGUGCUACAUGUGAACAGGCUUACAAGGCCAUUACCCAGAUACAAGAUGCCAUUCAUGGCCGCGAAGGAACUAGUGAAGAUAUGCUUCCAGCGGAGAUGCUGCACGAAGACGACUUCAGCGCUGAAUACCAGCACAAGAUUCCGAAGGUUAUGGGCGCAGGGGCUUGGCUGCUCGAGCAUCCAGACCAGAAUCUCCGAGCAGACUUCAAAGAGGUCGGAAACCGAAUGAUGCAAACCCUCGCAAUUCAUCUUAUGCGCGUCUUCAAUCAGGCAUACCUCUUCAUCUUCACUGACAGCUCGGCGGACAAAUGCGUAGGUGGCGGUGCAGUUUGGGACCCCGACGCCAAUCUCUGCUACUCUUUCGGAAGCAUCGCGAAGCACGACGUAUUCGGUAACGAGCUCCAGACGUACUCCAUUCAAGGCAACAACGAUUUCGCCAAACCCCUCUGGGACAAGUACGGCGCGGACAGGCUCAUCACGUACCGCAACAUCAUCGACUGCUGGCUCAACAACGAUUCCAAAAUCGGCGUUCCGACUCUAUCAGCUACCAGCCCCGGAACAGACAUUAAGCGCUGCUUCUUCAGCAUCGAGGUCAAGAAAGGCAGCCUCGACAAUGCGGCGAACACGGUGUGGAUGAAUCUGGUGCCUGAGGAAGAAUUUCCGAACUUCUCGGGUGAGGACAAGAUCAAUAAUGGCGGGUACCCGGCGGCUUGCAAAUAUCGCACGUGGGAGGGUACGAACAAUUGCAGGCAGUGGCCGGUCGCGUACAAUAUGGAUUAG